CUCAGCUGCCUGUGAAGCAGACACCUCCCCUAGAAUAGUGCUUUUUACCCGCGCCUUCUCCAGUACGACCUUUACCAGACCCCAUCUGGUUAGGCCACGCUUAACCCAACGUGAAACCUCAACCAGAUUUUUUGUAGCUAUUUCUGAACCACGGCAUUCCCAAUGUAGCUGCUCACCGGUCGUGAAGACCCCAUUAGCCUAUAAAAUAUCGUGUAUGGUUUUGCUGCCUUGGGUUGUACAGGGAGACUUUGCGGCGAUGGGUCUCCUGUGCGUCACAUGAAGUCUCGAUAUUGCUUCCACAAAUCUUUCCGAAGCAAGAUUAAGUCGUCUGACCACAUACAACUCCAAUAUUUUUCGCAAUAGGCAUUGAAAAUAGUCCGUGGAGUGUUGUAAGACUGGUAAUAAUAUAUGUCCUAAGCUAAAGCCGAGGGCUGGACCAUGAACAUCUAUUUUCAUGUCCUAAAAUUAGAUGUUCUUUUUUUGGUGCCUACAUUAUUCCUGUAUUCAUAAGUAUUCUGCUUGAAUAAAAUAGCAGAGCAAGCCCGGAUCUUGUUAUUUUAACUGGCGUGUGUCUCAAACUCUUUCUAUAAAAAUAUCGCAGGAUCGUUUUUUAGCAGAUAUACAGUUAGCACUUGGCACCGACACCCACACUCGAGAACUGCCAAAGCCUUCCCUCCGGCCGGCCGCGGCGCGCUGCCCUCUCCGCUAUUGGACAGCUCCUCGGAGAUACCGAUAUCCACGUGUUGUUGUUUUAUCAUUUAAACACAGAUCAGGCGGGAGUUUCUGUUAAAUUGUGGGGUGUUUUUUUUCCCCCUCUCUCUCUCUCUGUUGCGCUUUUUUGUUUCCUUCGGAAUGACGCUAUAGCUCGUUGAAUCCCCGCUCAGGAAGAAGAAGAAGAAGAAGAAGAAGAAGGAGAAAAACGUUAGAGCGGGUUAUUUCUUUCUUUCUCCUUCCUCCUUCCACCACCUGCUGCACCUCGACCCCAGCUGUAGAUUCGUUAAGGUAUUUCCACCUGCGUCCGCCGACCGCCCCGAGAUGGGAAACAGUGAAUCCUUCCCCGUGCCGAGCAGGCAGUCCUGGAGCGCGCUGUCCCCCCCGGUCAAAGGCGCCGACUGGCAGCGAGCGGGCGGCACGGCCGACGCAAGCCUGCAGCCCCGCCCGGUGGCCAGCAGGCCGUACUACACCCUGCCCAGCAGCACGGCGGAGCGCCGGGCCUCGGCGCCCCCUCCCGGCCCGGGCACCGAGGCGCCCCGCUUCCACCCGCACGCCAAGGGCCGGAACAUCCGCCUGGACCCCCAGCUGCGCCGGGCCACGCGCAAGAGCAGCUUCUGCAACGGCAUCACCUUCAGCCAGCGGCCCGUGCGGCUCUACGAGAAGGUGCGCCUGCGGCUCUCCGAGGUCAACAGCUGCUGGAGCGGCGCGCUGCGCUUCGGCUUCACCAGCGCGGACCCCGGCGAGCUGGGCCUCGCCGACAUCCCCAAGUACGCCUGCCCGGACCUGGUGACCCGCCCGGGCUACUGGGCCAAGGCCCUGCCCGAGCGCCUGGCGCUGAGGGACACCGUGCUGGCCUUCUGGGCCGACCGGCACGGCCGCGUCUUCUACAGCGUCAACGAGGGCGAGGCCGUCCUCUUCCACUGCGGGCUCAGCGUGGGGGAGCCCCUGUGGGCCAUCGUCGACGUCUACGGCAUCACCCAGGAGGUCACGCUGCUCGAGAGCACGGUCGCAGACAGCGUGGGCGCGAGCCGUCUCUGCACAGCCCGGCUGAGCAGCUACCUCCCGCAGAGCAGCCACGACUCUGCCAACUACAGCAACAACCAGCUGGAGACCAACCAGGUGGCGGCCGCCAAGAUAGCCACCCUGCAGCUGGGCCACUGCGGCCAGCCCCCCGCCUGCUGCUGCUCCCCCCCGGCCCUGUCCUCGUCCUCGGCCGCGGGCCGCCUGCUGCGGGGCCUCGGGGCGGCCCUGGACUCCGACCUGCGCUUCCACCCGGUGCGCGGGUCCGACGUCGGCCUCUCGCCGGACCGCGCCGCCGCCUGCGCCCACGUCCUGGACAGCACCCGGACCCUGGUCUUCACCGACCGGCCCCUCCACGUGGGGGAGACCUUGUUUGUGGAAGUGGGCCCCCACGGACAGUCCUAUUUCGGGGCGCUCCUGUUCGGGAUGACCUCCUGUAACCCUGGGACCCUGCGGGCCGGCGAGCUGCCCGCCGACCCCGAGUGUCUGGUGGACAGGAAGGAGUACUGGGUGGUAUACCGGGGCUUGCCCAUGCCCAGCCCGGGCGACGUCCUCAGCGUUACCCUCUUGCCCAGCGGGGAGGUGCACCACGGCCUGAACGGGGCGUCCCGGGGGAGGCUUCUCUGCGUGGACUCGUCCCAGGUCCUGUGGGUUUUCUUCGGCCUCCAAGGAGCCGUCAGCCACCUCAGGAUUCUUGGGACGCUCCACUCCAGUCUCCCUCCUGCCUCCCUCUCCAACUCCCCGGCGGGCAGCACUGACGACAGCGACUCAGACCUGGCCUUCAGUGUCAACCGCUCCUCCUCUGCCUCGGAGUCCUCUCUAGUGACGGCCCCCAGCUCCCCCCUGAGCCCCCCGGUCUCCCCAGUGUUCCCCCCAGAGGUGGCGCCACCCACCAGCAAGAACGCCGAGUGCACGGUGUGCUUCGACCAGGAGGUGGACACGGUCAUCUACACCUGCGGCCACAUGUGCCUGUGCAACGACUGCGGCCUGAAGCUGAAGAAGCAGAGCAACUCCUGCUGCCCCAUCUGUCGGCGGACCAUUAAGGACGUGAUUAAGAUCUACAGGCCGUGACGGGGCGGGACAGUGGCCCUGUGAGGAUUCCUGGUGCACAGCCCCGUCUCAUCUGGAACUAGGACUGCCCUCCUGUCUCUCGUCUGCUUUGUCCACCCUGCGUUUUAGUGGAUAACCCAGGAAAUGUCCCACUCAGAGCCCGUAGAAAUUUCCAGGGGUCCCUCCGGCUCCUCGUUGCUGUGGACGGGUAGGGAGAAGAUGCUGAACAGGGGCGGGCUGUCGGUGAGGCUCUUGGCAGCAGCUCGGUGAGAGCGAGUGAGUUUCUAGUGCCUUUGACCGGAAGAUAUAAAAGCAUGUAGUCUUCGUGGUGUUUUCCAGGAGAGAAUAUGACAAUCAUGUUCAAUAUGCUGUAUGAUGAAUAUAAGCAGCAGGUGCUUAGAGGUAUUGGUACUUGGUUAAUUUGCAGUCUUCAGCAGUGGAAAUGGUAUUUUAAGCCCUCCAGGGUUAUCUGCCGCAUAUCAUAUGAGAGACAAAAUUAAGUGCACAAUAAUACAUGAAGUAUUUUUCAGUGUGUUAUUUUCUGUUAUUGCCUUCUUCGCUGAUGACAUACAGUAUUCUCUGACAGUAAUGAAGAGCCCAUCUAGAAACACAUGACAAGGAAAAGCCAAAUUAAAGUGCAGUUCCUCAGCCUGGAAGGCAGCCUGUGAAUCACAUUCACAUAAAUGUAAUUCAAGUAAAUGGUAAAAAGUGUUUUUUUUAAGCCUGCGAAUACCCGUCAUAGCAAUUACAUCAUGACUAGUUCGAAAAAGAACUGAAGUUAAUUCGAUGUCUGGGCGUUGGAGUGCUAUCACGCCAUUACAUUACAAAAUUGUGUAAUGAAGAGUUAGUGGGUAGAAUGGAGAAGGAAUGGAGGAAAAAAAGGCUUUUGUAAGAGCUAAGAUGGGGAAAAAAACUUCUACCAAUGCAGAAGACCAUCCUCUGGUACAGUACUUCUGAAGAUACAGUAUAAUCCCUUGAGCCCAGCCUUUUGACAGAAAAUUCAAUCUCUCUGUUUUUGUUUUAAGAACAGAACAUUUCUAGUCUCUCAUUGUACUGUAGCGUUGGUAAUUUGGGGUGAUUAAAAACAGCUUUCCCGGGAACUUUAUAAGUACCCCAAAGCACAUUUAGGUUAAUAAGAACAGAAGCAUUCCAGAUUCAGUUCUGGAUUGAGUAGAGAUUUCGCAUCUUCACUACCCUUCACGUCUUUAAGAGCUGUGGGAGUGUGGAGCUAGGAGCUGUUAAGCUAUUUUAGAGCCUUGGGCCUUUUGGGAAACAGCUGGAUGGGAUCCUGGGAUCGAUGAGCUUCUAAUUAAAAAACUAGCUAGAUGGCCUGUCUGAGAGCAGAGCAGUCUGCUCUUACGUUCUAUUCCUUUAAGCAACACAGACUUUCUCAGCCUCCCUUUUUAAGGCAUGUACUCUUGCUUCCAGUACUGAGAUGUAAAUGUGCACCUGUUUAAUGUAACAACUAGCUGAAGUGGUGAGAUGCCUCUUCUGCUCCUGUACUAAAUAUACCUAUGGACCCUAAUGUUGCUCUAACGUUCGUGUGCAGUACUGAUAAGGGCACUGUCGAAGAAUUCAGAACAUUCAGAACCUAUUCAAGUGACGUUUUAGGAAACAGAUCAGAAAACCUUUAAAUUUUUCAUAGAACGUGGUUUUAGGAUAGCAUGCGUUCACACACAAAAGCUGUUUCUUUGUUUGGACAAAUACUUUUCACACUACAAGAAUUAGAAAUAUAAAUAACUACUUUUGAGAAACUCAAGCAACACUCGACACCAGCGACAUCUUGAACUAGAAUCCUCCGAUUCGGAAUUUGUUUUUCUUCCAAAAUGUUAUCAGGUAGUGGAUAAUUAACCACGUCCCGAAUAAUUUUUUAUAUAAUUCUCAGAUUCUCUAUACGGUUUGUAAAACUACACCAUGCUUCAUUGUUUCAAACCAAGGGUAAGGUUCAGGAAUGAUUCAGAUUAAAAUUUAUCAAAGCAAAUUAACUCCUGGAAAUGUACCCUAACGCUCACAUCUGUGCUGAAAAAAGUCCUCAAGUGAUUGUAAUUGUAUUUUGGACAUACUUCAUUUAACAUCAUGUCAAAAGAAAAAAGCUGCAGGGUCUUCUGUUUUAUUCUUAGUGCUGGAUUCCUACCUUUUGCUGUGGGAUUUCUUUGGGUUCUAUUUAAAAGCGAUUACCUUCUGCUACCUGAGGUCUCUGAGCUGGUGGUGGGUGUGUUUCACGCCAGCAAGCUAGAAGAACUGCACGCUUCAGAGUCUGGCGCACUGAGUGCAACAUGAAAUGAAACUAUUUUUCGAGUUUGAGCAAGGUGGAACAUUUUUCUCUUGCAUCCUUUCUGACUGACAGUAAAGAACAUUGACGAGUAAGAGGUUUAGAGUGUUUAGGUUUGAAAAACGAAACUGUGACACCAGACCAUGCUGCUUGAGCUACUUCAGCAGGUAUCCCCACUCGUACUGAAGAGACAAGCCAGAGGCGCUGAGCACAGUGGGGACGUAUUCAAGCACAAGUCCAGCCUGCCCACUGUCAGGCUCUGUCAGUGACAGCGGCAGACCUACAGUAUCUGUCUGUGCCUAUUUGUUUCCUUGAUAGGAAGGAGACCAGUAAUUUUCGAGGUGCCUUAUCGGGUGAAGCUUUUGCACUAUUUCCUGCAGAUAUAACAGGUUUUCUCCUCAAUUCUUUUUUAUUUUAAUUGUGUAUAUAUAUAUAAAAAUAGCUGUAGAUAUAAUUAAGAAGAAAUGCAGCUUAACAUCAGUUCCACCUCCAAAGCUGUAGAUAUAGCUAAGCAGAAAAUGCAGCUUCAAAUCAGUUCCAACUCCAAUGCAUAAAGAUAUCACAACGCAGAUCAUAAAGGAGGUUACUCCUCCUAAAACCCAAUGCUUAUGAAAGACAGUCUUUUUAAUUCCAUGUAUUUGACAGAACCUCCAAAGAAAACCCUUAUUCACAAGUAAGAAGAAUUAACAUCUAACUACAGGCUGUAUGAUAUUAAUCUUGAGAGGGCUGGUUUAGACCCACUGGAUCAGGACUGAACAGAAGUUCUUUCUCAUCCCAAUUAAUGAAAGUUAAAAACCAAAGCAGAUCAGGGCAUGUGAACAUGCUUUCGUGAGCAGAGUUUAAAGCAACUAUAUAUCUAUAUAUGUAUAUGUGGAUGAAUGUAAUGCCUGUUGUGUUCAUAACAUGCUCAGAUUCAGAUAAAGCAAAACCAAUAGUCAGAUUAGUAUAAAAAGCCUCAAGUCUUACAACAGAAGUAAAUGUAUUCAUAAGAUGCCCACCAGAGGUCAGUCUCGCCAUAGUUAAUUUUCAUCACCGUCCUUGAGCCCACUGUAACUGCUUGGACCAAACAACCAACACAAUGAUUCAAGAGGCUUAUACAAUUAUAUUUGAUGAAGAUUCCUGAAAUGUAAAGAACAGAUAUUGAGCACUCAUGCUGUUUUUAAUCAGUCAUGCUAUUAUAUCACAGUAAUUUCAGAUACAAUUUGCAUACAGUGAGUAUUCUGAUUUCCAGUGCUCUGCGUGACUCUGAAAUUACAUUGAACUUGUAAUGAAUUGCACUGUUCUUUUCACUACAUUAAUUUAUCCAGUUUUCUAUUGGCUGACCCAAAAUAAGAACUUGUGUAAAAAAGCUGAGGCAUUUAUCUCUAGAAAAAAACUGCUUUGUGUUUCAGUACAGGCAGACAGUUUCUGUCCAUUUUUCAUAAAAUGGGGUCAGUGGUUUCUUUUUCCCACAGUUCAAAAUUUCCAUGAUGGAAUUAGUCUUUUUAAUUUAUUAAUAGCACCAAAUAUUUAAAUAGUCUUUUUAUUAUAAAAAAAUAUAAUAAAGUUUUUCUGACAUAUCUACACUUUCAAUUGUAAGAAUUGUAAGAAAUGUAUACAAAUCUUGAAUUUAAACAUAUUUUAUUAAUUGUGUGGAACCACUGCUCAGUUUAUAUUUUGGUGUGAGAUGAAGAAAUAUACCUAUUUCUUAUUUACUACUUGUAUAGAUGGACAAUAUAUAUAGUGCAUUUUUUUGUAAUUUCACCUCAGUGAUGUGGUGUAGUGUUUGCUAACCGUCAUGCAAUUUUUGUAAAAGACUAGUUUGCUUUUUUUGUGAUUGAAGUAUUUUGACUGUCGUUUGCAUAGGAAACUGGUUUUCUGUGGGCUGGGUUCAGAGCAAGCCUGUUUUCUCUGUCGCUGUAUAGUCGCGGGAUGUUACUAUUCAGUGGGUCUUUGAACCAAAAGCUCCUCCACCUUGUGAAUGAGACGGGUUUUUGUAGAACUUUACAAAAAAAAUCAACUUGCAUUACAACUGACAAAAACUGCUGUUUGAUUUUUACACUUGUGUAAAUAUCUGUGGUGCACUUUCUUUUUUUUGGGGGGGGGGAUUCUUUUCUUUGAAAAGAACAAAUACCAUUCCUAGCCACAGAUCAACCCAACCAAACACAUUUGUUAACGUGUUGCCUGGUGGUUUAACGUGACUAAGUUUCUCAAUGACUGUUGUGGUUCAUACACAACCACAAUUUGGUGUUAGCAUCUACUGGUGAGUUUCAAAACACUACUGCAACGCAACCUGUCCUUGCCUCUCUCGUGAUGUCCGUAUGUUCUGAAAGAAAUUGAGAACACAAAUUAUUUUUAGUCAGAUGCUCAGAAGUCAUUAUUAACGGCUAGAAUAAAAUGUGAAAGUAGAAUAAAUGCAUCAAGUCCUGAGUUUGA